AAGACUUAGGGCGCUUUUCGGCUCUUAUGAUCCCAAGGGUAGGGGGCCCAGGGUGAGAGCUACCCCGCUUUCUCAAGCAGGGAGCGGACGAAUCAACAAAGAGGCACCGUCUGGGCACCACAAUUUUCUGGUGACGUCUGGGUGGGGAGGGUUUGAGCGGGAUGAUCUCUGACCUCUCCUACUCCCUGACACUCAGAACGGGGUGCCGGUGAGUCCAAGUUCAAGCCUGGCCGCGGGUAUCUGAAGCCCCAGGAUACAUAAGGUACAAAGUGCAGUAAGGGACCGUUAGCCUGGAAAAUAUGGGGAACUAGAAAACUGGCAAGUGGUGUGAAACGUUGUGUAGGAAAACUUUCAAACACCCUAAAAUGGGCAACUUUGAAGAGGACACACUUUCCGAUAAAGGCCUCGCUCUGUAAUGGGUCUGCAGAACUCCAGCUGAACCGAAACUGCCCGACCUGAGCCUGGACGGGUCCGGGGUCAGGAUUGAAACUUGAACCCAGGGCCCCUCAGGCCCCAGAACCCGAAGCUUUUCUCCACCCAGCCGGCCUUUCUUUGGAAGCACCCGGCAAGAGCUUCUGGAAGCAGCAGAGUUCCCAUCUCUCUCAGGGCCAUGGCCGAGCCUGGAGAGCAACUGCCAGAGGAGGUGCUGGCGCUCAUCUUUCGCCACCUGUCUCUGAGGGACCGUGCAGCUGCUGCCAGGGUCUGCAGAGCCUGGGCUGCCGCUGCUACCUGCAGCGUGGUGUGGCACGACACGACCAUCAGUUGCGACUGUGAGCGAGAAGGCACGCUGCUACCAUACCUGUCUGCCUGCCUGGACCAUGUUCACAACCUACGACUGGAAUUUGAGCCGUCGAGGGAGCCGAGCCGCCGGGCGGCCACUGAGUUGCUAACCGCCCUGGCGGUCCGCACCCCGGGACUUCGAAGCCUGCGCCUGGAGUGCCGCGGAGAAAAGCCGCUCUUCGAUGCAGGCCGCGACAUCCUGGACGCCUUGCACGCUAUAUGCCGGGCCGCCUGCGCGCUGCGCCACCUCGACCUUAGGCGCUUGCCUUUUACGCUGGACGACGCGUUGGUGCUGCAGGCGGCACGCGGCUGCCCCGAGCUCCGCAGUCUUUUCCUUGACAACUGUACGCUGGUAGGCAGCGUGAAGCCUGACUCUGUGCUCGAGCUACUAGAAGCCUGCCCGCGCCUGUGCGCCCUCGGCCUACACCUAGCUAGCCUGUCGGGCACUGCCCUCCAGGUGCUGGCAGCGCCGCACCGCGCGCCUUUCGCUCUCCUGGCCCUACGGUGCGCGUGCCCCGAAGACGCACGCGCGCCACGCCUGCCCGAGGAAGCCUGGGCCGCGGUGCGCCGCCGCCACCCGGGACUGGCCGUGGAGCUGGAGCUGGAGCCCGCGCUGCCCGCUGAGAGCGUGACACGCGUCCUACAACCUGCCGUGCCAGUGGCUGCACUACGCCUCAGCCUCUCUGGGGAUACCGUAGGCCCGGUGUGCUUUGCAGCGCGCCACUACGGCGCAACCUUGCGCGCGCUUGAGGUGCGCGCCGCUGCCUCAGCGGAGCUGGACGCGGCACUGGAGUUAUUGGCGGCGCGCUGCGCGGGCCUGCGCGAAGUACACUGCUUCUGCGUGGUACGACCCUCUGUGUUGCACGCCUUCCGCGCGCACUGUCCGCGCCUGCGCAGCUACACGCUCAAACUAACGCGGGAGCCCCAUCCCUGGCUGCCCACGCCUGUGGCGUGAUGGGGUGGUCGCCUCUCCAGCAUAUAUGUGGCCGCUAAGAUGCUGGAUGCAUUUGUCCAGGCGUGCACCAACGCCAUCCCGCUCCUUCGGGUCUCUGUUGAGUCUUGUGCCUCUGGAAGAUGAGCGCAUGUAGGAUAGCGUCGGGACCAUCCCAGGGCGUCUUGAGUCCACUGGACGGAUCUCCAUAAUGGGAUCAUCCUCCCCCAGUCCCACUCCUCUGCUGACGCUGCGCUAGCUCCACGGCCCUGGCGCGUGAGGGGGGGCGGGUAGAGAGAGGACCCUGGCUCCUGUGGCGACUCGGGUGUGAGUGUGA